CUUCUCUAGCUAGUGUCCUGAAAAACACACUUUUUCUCUUCAUUUGUCCUUCUAAUUCCUUUGUAAGUGAAACAUAUAACAGAUUGAAAUGGCAGCACUACCUGAAGUUGAGCAUCCUAGGAAGGCAUUCGGAUGGGCAGCUAGGGAUCCUUCUGGUCUUCUCUCCCCUUUCAAUUUCUCCAGAAGGGAAACAGGUGCGAAGGAUGUGACAUUCAAAGUGUUGUACUGUGGGAUAUGCCACUCGGACCUCCACAAGGUGAAGAACGAAUGGGGCAAUUCUACCUAUCCUCUAGUCCCUGGGCAUGAGCUAGUUGGCAUAGUGACAGAGGUGGGAAGCAAAGUAGAAAAGUUCAAAGUUGGAGACAAGGUUGGUGUGGGUUGCUUGGUUGAUUCCUGCAGAUCAUGUCAAAACUGUGCUGAUAAUCUUGAGAAUUACUGCCCCAAAUUUACUCUCACAUAUGAUGACAAAUAUAUUGAUGGCACAACUACAUAUGGAGGCUACUCUGACUUUAUGGUAACAGACGAGCAUUUUGUGAUUCGCAUUCCUGAUAACUUACCACUUGAUGCUGCUGCACCUCUCCUUUGUGCUGGGAUCACAGUAUAUAGCCCUCUCAGAUAUUAUGGACUCGACAAGCCUGGUCUUCAUGUGGGUGUGGUUGGUCUCGGUGGACUAGGCCAUACGGCUGUUAAGUUUGCCAAAGCUUUUGGAGCUAAUGUGACAGUAAUCAGUACAUCACCCAACAAAAAGGAGGAAGCAAUAGAACAUCUGGGAGCUGACUCGUUUCUGAUAAGCCGUGACCAAGAUCAGAUGCAGGCUGCAAUGGGCACUUUGGAUGGUAUUAUUGACACUGUUUCUGCAGUUCAUCCUCUCUUACCUCUGAUUGGUUUACUCAAGUCCCAUGGAAAGCUUGUGAUGCUUGGUGCACCAGAGAAGCCUCUGGAGCUGUCAGUUUUUCCUUUACUUAUACAUGUAUUUUUAACAUUAUUGGCAGGGAGGAAGAUGGUUGCUGGCAGUCUGAUUGGAGGGUUGAAGGAGACACAAGAAAUGAUUGAUUUUGCUGCUAAACACAAUGUGAAACCUGACAUUGAGGUCAUUCCUAUUGAUUAUGUCAACACAGCAAUGGAGCGUCUCCUUAAAGCAGAUGUGAAAUAUCGAUUUGUGAUUGACAUUGGAAACACACUGAAACCUAGCUCUUAGAUUUCAGACAAUGAUGAACCAUAGUUCAUGGGCGAGAGUAGAUAAUAUAGAAAAUGUCAUGGAGAUUUCAGAUUUCGAACUGUAUCAAUUAUUCUUGUGAUGUCA